AUGGGCGAAGACGACUACAGCGGUGAAUCCCGACGGGAUAAGAAGAAAUGGACCCUGGAACAGCUGAAGGGUGGAAACACCUUCCUCAGCAUGCAGGCUGCCACCAACAAGUUUGAGUCGCAGCGUGGAAUGACUGGUAUCGGUAUGCCCAGAUGGAACGUGACCAAGGAUAAGAAACUUGGAUUCAUCGAGCCCGAUCGUCGAUCUGAGGGUAUGCUCCGAGUACAGUGCGGAACGAAUCAGUAUGCCUCGCAGAAGGGAGAAACCCCCAUCGGAGCUGGCCGCAAUCAAGUCCCCCAUGUUGCCUACAAGAAAGAGUGGGAGACGAUCUUGGACAAGGAAGGAGAGAAGAUUAUGCCAAAGCAAGCCGGAGAUUUCGGACUUGCCUCGCAGGCCGGAGAAAUCUCCAUGGGUUCCCACAGAAAUCAGGUGCCCAACAUCCGUGGGCGCAUGCCGCACGACCGACGAACCCACGGUGUGUUGUGCUACCAAUACGGAACGAACGUGUUCGCCUCCCAACAGGGAAUGAGCAACCCGCCAGGCCUUGGCGCUGUCCGCCAGGCAACUAUGUACAUUGAGGGUCUUGGAUUCAGCGAGGACAACCUGCGAAAGGGUACCGAAUACACCCCAUGGUAUUCUGGCCAGAACAAGUUUGCUUCGCAAAAGGGAUCCGGUGGAUUCCUCAAGGUCCGAGAUGUGUUGCCCCACACCGAGGGUGGAAAGGAAAUUGAUGAGGAAAAGAAGCAGCUUUCGGAGGGUAUUGUCCCGCUUCAAUCUGGCACCAACCGUUUGGCCUCUCAACGAGGAAUGACUGGAUUUGGAACACCCAGGAACACCAUGCUCCGACAGGGAUGGAAGAAGGAAUGGAUCGAGGAUUACGAGGCUGCCAUGCGCGACUGGGAGGAGAACCGCCCGCCAGGCUCAGCCUCAUCUGUUGAUCCCUUCGGACAUUACAAGAAGAAGUUCGAGGAACGAGAGUCUGCCCGGCAUUCGGAUGUCGAUGUAAUGUCAGUGAAGGCCCAUAGCGAAAAAGCUGAAGAGCCAGAAGAGGAGGAAGAAGAGGAGGAGGUCGCUGAGGAGGAGGCCCCAGCCGCUGAGGAGGAAAAGGUUGAGGAAGCCGAGGUUGAGGAGGAAGAGGAGGAAGAAGACGAGGAGGAAUACGAAGAAGAGGAAGAAGAGGAGGAGGAAGAGGAA